GUGCGUGACUCUUUGUUCCCAGUCCAAGAUGGCUGCGUCCAUGGCUCGGCGUUUGUGGCCUUUGUUGGCUCGUCGAGGGCUUCGGCCCCAGGGAAACUGUGUCUCCAGCCAGAACCCAAGGAGGAGUUUCGCUGCAGAGAAACCAGACCGGAACCUUCUGUACGAGCACGCGCGCGAAGGCUACAGCGCUCUCCCUCAGUUGGAUAUGGAGCCUCUGUGCGCAUGCCCAGAAGAGGUCGCGCGUGCCCUGGACCUCCGCAAGGGGGAGCUGCGGCCGGCUGAUCUGCCCGCGAUCAUUGCAGUGUGGCAGGAGCUGAGGCAGCUGCGGGAGCAGAUCCGGAGCCUGGAGGCAGAGAAGGAGGCUGUGACAGAGGCCGUGCGGGCCCUGCUGGUGAACCAGGACAACAGCCAAGUGCAGCAGGACCCUCAAUACCAGGGUCUACGGGCACGUGGCCGGGAGAUCCGGAAGAAGCUCGCGCCCCUGUACCCCAGGGAGACCCAGCUCGAGGAGCGCUUCUACGUGCGGGCGCUGAGGCUGCCCAACCAGACCCACCCAGACGCCCCCAUCGGGGAUGAGAGCCAGGCCCGAGUGCUCCACGUAGUCGGGGAAAAGCCAGCUUUCUCCUUCCAACCCCGGGGCCACCUGGAAAUUGGCGAGAAGCUCGACAUCAUCCGUCAGAAGCGCCUGUCCCACGUGUCCGGCCACCGCUCCUAUUACCUCCGCGGGGCAGGGGCCCUUCUGCAGCACGGYCUGGUCAACUUCACCCUCAACAAGCUGGUCCGCCGGGGCUUCACCCCCAUGACGGUGCCAGACCUUCUCCGAGGAGCCGUGUUCGAAGGCUGUGGGAUGACGCCAAAUGCCACCCCGUCCCAAAUUUACAACAUUGACCCCUCCCGCUUCGAAGACCUCAACUUGGCUGGCACGGCCGAGGUCGGGCUUGCAGGUUACUUCAUGGACCACACUGUGGCUGUCAGGGACCUGCCAGUCAGGAUGGUCUGUUCCAGCACCUGUUACCGGGCUGAGACGGACACGGCGAAGGAGCCCCGGGGGCUGUACCGAGUGCACCACUUCACCAAGGUGGAGAUGUUUGGAGUGACAGGCCCUGGGCUGGAGCAGAGCUCGCAGCUGCUGGAGGACUUCCUGUCCCUUCAGGUGGAGAUCUUGACGGAGCUGGGCUUGCACUUCCGGGUCCUGGACAUGCCCACCCAGGAGCUGGGCCUUCCCGCCUACCGCAAGUUCGACAUCGAGGCCUGGAUGCCCGGCCGAGGCCGCUUUGGGGAGGUCUCCAGCGCCUCCAACUGCACUGACUUCCAGAGCCGCCGCCUCCACAUCAUGUUCCGCACGGAGGCCGGGGAGCUGCAGUUCGCGCACACGGUGAACGCCACGGCCUGCGCGGUGCCACGCCUCCUCAUCGCCCUCCUGGAGAGCAACCAGCAGAAGGACGGCUCCGUCCUGGUGCCCCCUGUGCUCCAGCCCUACCUCGGCACCGAUCGGAUCACGGCCCCCACCCACGUGCCUCUCCAGUACAUUGGUCCCAACCAACCCCGGAAGCCCAGAGACCCUGGCCAGGCGGCCUCCAGCUGAGAACGUCACACACCAGUGGUUGUCACUGCUGCCUGGGCUGCAGAGGCCCGGCCCAGGGACCUGUUUUCCUGAACCCUCCCCCCGCCCGCCCGCCCUGGGUGACCUGUUGCUCCUGGGGCCCGCAGCAGGAGGCAGGACGGCUGGGACCGGAGGAGGACGGACAGACUUCUGUCCUCCAUCUUCCUUUCCUCCCUCGUGCUGGGCGGAAGGUCCUCAAUAAAUGGCYAGAACAGGGACCUCUGUGCGGCUGUGAGCAGGGGCAGAGCCUGGGCCACCCGGGAGGCGCUGGGCAACGGCAGGGGGUCCCAGCCGACAUCAAGGGUCUGUGGCUGUGAGGACUGGGCUGGCAGCCUCCAGCAACCCCAGGCCACAGGCAGGUGCCCCGGGCCCCCAGGGCAGGCCUCUGCUGGCCGCUGGAACCCACCUCGCUUCAUCCCGUCCCCGGCUCCAGCGUCGACCCUGAGGUUUCCUCAGCAGUUCCUCCCACGUCCCUGUCCAGCUCGUCGGUGACCUUGGCAGUCCACCUUCAGCAUCUUGCCACAGCCUGUCAUGCCCUCUCCUCCCUGCCCUCUGCCAGUCCUGCUGCCCAGUGUCUCCUCCUUGGAUCAUCACGGAAGCCGGCUGUCCCCUUGACGCCCUGUGAACCCCCAAGUCAGCGCCUGCCCCUCCCUCCCYGAGCCCCCACGGCUCCACCAGAGUAAAGGACGAAGUUGUCAUGGCCCCACGUCUGUGCUCUGUCGAACUCACUGCAGCGUUCUCUCCUUCCCUACGUAACCUGUGUGUAUGUCGUCGUCACCCCCUUCUCCAGCGUCAGGACUGGGGUGUUGGCCAGGUUGUUCACUGCUGUAGCCCCAGGGCCCAGGAGGGGAGCUGGCCUGUAGAAGGUGCUCAAUAAAACUGAGUGGACUGUGUGCAGUCCCCCGCGCGGGCACUGUCGUACGUGCCGUACACACUAUUUCACCCUCACCAGCAAGCUGUGGAGUGGGUUGUCACCAACCUUGUUUUAUAAACACAGAAAUGCCAGAAGUUAAGCCAUUGUCCCUGGCCUGCAUGUCUGGCAAGUGGCAGGACUGGGACCCAGGCCAGAGCCCAACUGCGGCCUCUUGAGCCAGUGACGUUCCUUCCUAGGUGAGGAGGAUGGUUGCCCUGAUGGGUCUGAGUGGCUGUCCCUGGACUCAACCCAGGGCCUCCUCCCGCUGGGGCCCAUAAGAAGCAGCCCCUGUGUCCGGGAAGGAGACACACCGCGCCCGAGGCCUGGAAGCUGGGGGCGGUGUGCAGGUCCCGUCCCCAUGAAUAAUUGAGGGUCUGGGGCAGGCGGGCUGCUCCGCAGCUGUCCCUGUGCCGCAGGCUGGGAGGGCGGAGCAGGGUCACUCCCUU